UCUGCUCUUCUUCUCUCUCUCUUUUGGCCUCAAGCAACUUUUGGUUUCUUUUGCAUGGAUGAGGAGGGGAAAUGGGACACAGGGAAAUGAGGGAAAGGAUUUUAAGUUUUUAAAAUCAAGGGAUUAGGAAUAAUAAUAAUUGUAAUAUUAAUAAAAUUUUUGGAAUGUGACAGCCACUUUCUUCCCACUUCCAAACUUCCAAAGACAAUCCAGUCUAACCCGGAUGUGAAAAUGUUGGACACCAUCCAUGCUGCAAUCCUUGAAGGAGGCAGGAAUGUGUUCCUGACACUUCCCAAACUCACUUCAGAGGAGAUCCUUAGCAUCUGGGACACUGUUUCUGGGUUUGUUGAAAAGCAGCUUUCCAUGAAUAAGGGUGUCUUAAUACCAGGGCUGGGGACGUUUUCCUUCCUCCGACAAAAGUUUGAAGUUGGCGCUAGCCAGCCUCGUAUUGUACAGCGGCCUGUUUUCCUUCUGUCUGAGAAACUUGCACAGAUUCAUGGUCUGAAGUUGAAUAAAAUACACACUCCUGGUGAUAUCCCAGUGGUCCAUCUGAAUUUCAUUGUGUUGUCCCUGGAGGGCCCCUUUAACAGGGAGACUGUGGAAGGAUGUGUCCGUGAGACGCUCCUGUCUUUCUCGCGGUCCAUUGCCACCAAGCAGACGGUCGAGUUCACUUUCAAAGGAAUUGGCGUUUUGGUUGUUCGGGACAACAGGGUGAAAAUGAAGUUUUAUAAAGACUUUCUGCAGGCCAUGGAUGGAAGUGGUAAUCUUGUGAAAGCUCUUUCAAAUAGGCCUGGGACAGGAGAUUCAGUGUUAUCGGGUAGGAACAUUUCUUCUCCACAAUCACGCUGCAGUAGUGUUGUCAUGUUUCCAAGGAUUGAAGCAAAGGAAAUGGAAACCAUCACCGAAGAAAGUGAAAAGCCUGGGAAAGAAAAGGCUCAGACAGAGGAAGAAAAUAGCUGGAUGGAUGAGAGAAUAGCGGGGUUGUUCAUCACAGUGACUGAAGUGGAGCCUGACCAGCUGUUGCGUGCAUGCAUGUUGCUAUUUAUAUCACCAUGUGGCUAUCCUGAGAAACCACACACCCCUACUGACAAACUGCAUUUUGUGUUCUCUAGGCAACCAACACCUGUUCCAGAAUUCCUAAAGACAGAACAAGAAACCAGUGCUGCUCCUGUCCCUGUCCCCAGACCUCGGACUCCAUCUCCCAUUUGUCAAGAUCAUGGUAGGGCAGGACAGGAAAUGUGUUACUUGUGCCUGCAGCGUGCUCAAAGGAGCAUUCCUCUUCAGCUGAGCGAAGAACGGAGGAAGAAGGAAAAGGAAGAAGACCGGAUCCUGGCACAAUAUCAGGCCAUAAAAGAUCAGGAAGCCCUUCAGAAACAGCUGAUGCGAGACAUGAUGAGCCGAGAACAAAGCCAGAAAAUUGCAGCUUUUAACUUAGGGGUUGCUGAAGCCAUCAGGAGCCACAAAAAUGAAAAAUCUCCAGAUGCCUAUAAGUCCUGCAUUUUUGAGAAGAGGCCACCUAGUUCCACCCCUCAUGAAAAACAAGAGGCGUAUGCGCAACAGUUGGAGAAACAACUAAGUGACAAGGCAGCAAGGGAAAUGAAAGAGAAGCAGGACCAGGACCUUAUUGAACGCCUGGAGCUAAUGCAGCUGGCAGAAGAGCUAGCUGCCCAAAGAGCAAAAUUUCUGAAGGACCGGAUGGAAGAAAAGCAAUGUUAUAAGAGAGCGUUGGACACACAGAUAAAGAUGAAGCCAGCUCCUUUGCCGGAGUAUGUACCUGAUUCAGCUCAGGUCAUCUUUGGGAAGAAUGACAUGAGUAAUGAGAUAAUGGAGGAGCGAAGGAAACGAGCUCGCGAGUAUUACAAAUAUCAGUUGCAGGCAGCCGCAGACCACAGGCGGGCAGCAAUCCUCAGCCAGUUGGUCGAUCAGAGAAAAGCAGCAGAUAUGAUUCAGAGAGCGAGGAAACAGUGGAUGGCUGAAAAAGGAGCACGGAUUGAGAAGAUCUUCCAGAUGAAUGUAGCUUUGCAAGAAAACUGGCGGAAGAGUGCGGAAAUGAAAAGACAGAGGGAUUAUGAAGAGAAGCUCUUUCAGCAUGCCGGUGACAAACUCCUGCUACUGGACCAGUGUGAGAAGUAUCGCCGUUGCUACCAAUGCAAGAGGGGCAUAAACGGCUGUGGGGAACCCAGUGCAUGGACAGAUACGAAAUACGUCCCUGGAUCCCGGCUGGUUGUUUGAAACAGCUUGAUCUGCCAGUUUCUUUCUUCACUUCCUUUCAUCCUAUAAAAGACAUUGUUGAUAUUUUUCUAAAAAUAGAGGUCUAUUCACAUUGCUGUGCUUAUAAUUCAGUCCUUGCAAUUUCUGACUGAAGAAUGGCAUCCACUAGGUAUAUUUUUGUGUAGAAUUAUGUUAAGUUGAAAAAAAAUUGCAAGUAGUCUAAUAACAGAUAUCUUGCUUUGACACCUAGUAGAUUUGUGUGACUUGGUAUUUUGGGGAAGAGACAUACAGGUGGAUGGGAAAUGGGUAUCAUAUAGCAGCCUUGUGAGAUUGGCUUUGGUUUUUUUAAAAAACGUUAAUGGUAACCGUGUCACUACUGCGACUAAGUAGUAAUCGUGAAUGCACAACAACACUUUCCUAACCUACUUUACUGGGCAUUAAUGUGUGGGGAGAAGGUGGUCCAUUCUGCCACAAUUGGAUCACGGGUGAAUGAUGUUUCCAUCACUUGGAAGUUAAGUAUACUUAAAUAAAUAGCUGAUGUAGAAUGCCAAGCAAUUAUUUUAUUUUGAAUAACAAGAAGUAAAAGAAUAGCCUAAAAAACCCCAAAACAGAAUGGCAACAAUUUCUAAUUGCUCCUCUGUGAACAAAUAGAGAAGGCUAUUUUAAACUUCUUUCAAGAACUGAAUGAAGUUUUCUAUUCUGGGAAACAAAUCUGAGCAAAAUGCUAAUUUCCUAUCUUAACUGUUGGGCAAUUUCCCUCCUGAUUGACUUUGGUGUGUUUGAGGUGUAUCUGGAAUCAGUUUUCUUGACAAUUAAAUUAUUCCCUGCACAGAGCAAUUUAUGCGGUUGUAAGGAAUUUUUAUGAGAAUUUGCUGAAAACUGGACUGGA